AUGGCUGCUACCUUUCAAUCAAUGAACGAUCUAGCAGACAUAAGCGAGCCCGAGGAAACAUACGCGACAAGUGACGAGGAUGCCAAUAUGAGAGAAGAGGCCACAAUAAAACAGGAAAACAAUUCUAUUGCCUCGUCUUCCGACAACAACGAUAGGCACUCUGGAGCACGGCGAGAUGACCAUGUACCGGUCACACAGAUGAUGGCUUCAAAAGAUGCUGAUCAGCUUCGUCAGUGGUUAAAGCGACCACAUGCACAGUUUUUACUCAUUUACAAAGCGUCGGUGAACGGGUUUGAUCCUUUGGUGUUCCACAGACUUUGUGAUGGUAAAGGUGAUACUGUCUCGGUGGCGUACAAUUCCUACGGGUAUGUGUUCGGUGGUUACACGCGUGUACAUUGGUCUAGUGUCAAUCAAAGUCGACCAGACAACCUGUCUUUCUUAUUUCGUAUGUACAGUGGGCACAACGUGUUCGAUCCGUUUGUCAGAAGAUCAAUGGCCAACCAGAGUCCCCAUCAAAAAUGUCAGAUAUACCACAAAGCCUCGUACGGACCGUCGUUUGGUGCCAUUGGCAGUACACUAACGUUAUUUCACGGAGCUCAUCAGAAAGGCACUAAUGGCUUUACGAAAACUAACGGAUUUUGUCAACCCGGAGCUACUGGUAACUUCGAUUAUGAAAAGUUUGAACCUCACGAUUUGUUGGGACCGAAUGACUUUAAUUUCAAAGACAUCGAAGUGUACCAGAUAACUGAUUCACCCAAUACUACCACAACAGUAAGGAAGGUGCCAGAGUAUAUGCCAGAACCAAUUCCACAAAGAACUUCACCACAUUCAACUCUCAGGCUUCUUUCUACAAAAUCACGCGUUGUGUCAUCGUCAUCUGAUAGUAGCACGCGCCAACUAAAGCACCAAAGCAAAGGCGGCUUGCUACCAGAGUCGGAAUCUUGGAGAAAAUUACAUUGGGACGAACAAACUAUGGCAAAUCUUAAAGGAGAAGUUGCUAAUCACAGACCAUUGGAAUGUUUCGGUGUUAGGCAAUAUCGUAUUUUAAUGCUCGGGCAGAUUGGUGCUGGAAAAUCAAGUUUCUUUAAUACCAUUAACUCGAUAUACCGCGGUCACGUGACGAGCCAGGCUAAUAUGGGUAGUGCGCCCCACAGCCUCACUACAAAGUUCCGUGCAUAUGAAGUACGCUCGAGUCGCGGAGGUGAUCCGCUGAACUUCAGACUAUGUGAUACAAUGGGAUUGGAAGAGUCGAUGGGAUUGGAUGUAACUGAUAUACCAUACCUUAUAGAUGGAAACAUUCCUGAUAGACAUCAGUUUAAUCCUGCAGUUCGAAUAACACCAGAUGUUUCCGGAUUUGAUAGAAACCCAACACUGGCAUCAAAGAUUCAUUGUGUUGUGUAUGUUGUGGACUGUAGUACCGUCAGUGUAAUAUCGUCAAAAAUUAUAGAAAAGUUAGCGGCAAUACGUACCCAUAUCAACCAAAGAGGUAUUCCGUUGAUAGUCUUACUAACGAAGAUCGAUACAGCAUGUCCAUACGUGAACAGAGACACGUCUAUGGUGUAUAGAAGUAAAUAUAUUUUAGAGAAAGUAGACGAACUGAGUUAUAAAUUGGGAGUUCCAAAAUCUAGCAUACUGCCGGUUAAGAAUUACGAAAGUGAACUUGAGUUGGACACAAAAAUAGAUAUUUUAGCGUUGAGUGCUAUCCGGCAGAUGUUACGAUUCUCCGACAAUUUCUUUGAUGACCAGCUGGAUGAAAUAUCAGACCACUUAGAGAACUAA